UUGUGUAUCAGAAUCAUUGGCGUUCUUUGUGUGUAUUUUUUCUCCUGUGUUUGUGCUGUGCUCUUGGGGCAUUGUUGCGAUAGUGACGUCCUCUGCCUUUGGAGAGGAGGUCGAGUGUGCGCUCCGUUGGGGAUGCCGGGUAUGGGAGGCCUUUACCGGGAAAAUUUAUGACGUUGCCGCCACCAGCAAGCUGUGCCGGUAUACAAAAACUCGGGCCCGCGUGAAGAAAGCGCCCGUAGCAGCAGCAGAUCAAUAAACAACAAAGGACGCCAAGGAUAAACAGGAAAAUGUGAAAGAGGGACGCAGCACUGAGAGGAAGAAAGGCUUGUUGAGUGUGGUGUGCUAAGCAUACGUACCAUGGAUGUCCGGUGGCUGUCGUGGCGCAACCAUCAUUGCUAUCAAUAUCAGAGAUGUCACAAUCGACGCAGUCGCUUUGGCUAUCACCGUUGGCUGCUGUUUAUCACACUAUUGCUUUGUCUUCUCAUCACGGACACUGCCACAUUUAAACAAUCAGGAGGGUGCUAUUUCCCGGAGCGAUGGGAGGGCACGUGGUUUCAGUCCGGCGUGCGACAGCCGAUCACCAUCAAGGAGUCUCGAUUGAGCAGCAAAGGGCGUUGUCUACAUUCCGAGGGAGACAAAUUCAUCGUUGUGGACGAUAAAAAAGUGUGUUACCGAUGCGUCGUCAUUCAUGAGAAGCACGCAAACGUCCUGCAAUACAAAGAAACAUUUUGUCAAGGACGUGAGGCUGUCUCUUCGUUGUGUUCGUUAAUCACAGGCGAUGCGUUGUUAUAUUCGAUGUUCAGAGAAAAUGCGCUGGCGGUGCCGUGUCCUUUUCAUGGCGCUUUUGCGUUUACCUAUAAUCGUGGUCAUGGCGAGUGUAAGUCACCUGUGUCUAAUAUUGACAACUGCAUCGAGGAUAGUCGGUUAUUGUUGAGCUAUCAAGCUUGUCCGGAUGUCUACGGCUCGGAAAGUGCUGUUGAAGAAUUAGAAUGUCUUGCAACGUGGAAAGAGGGCAGUUCGCGUUAUCUCGUCGGGAAAGUACACCAUAACCACGCCAGUUCAAACGAAGAUCGUUUCCGAUGUUUCGUAUACGAAAAAGCAUCAGCGUCGUCAGAGGCAAUGGACGGCGUCGAAUAUCGAAUCGCCCAGUCGGGUGAUGCGACCUGCAAUGGCCUCUUCAGCGCUAGCGAAGGUAGUCGAACGAUGACACUGAAAAAAGCGCCGUCAUUGAAUAAGUGCCGUUUUCCACAAUGGAUAUCAGCGCAUAAUUACUGGCACACGCUGGAUUAUUCCUCAACGUACACAUUUCAUCAUCGCAACAGCACGCUGCACGUCGUCAGCACAAGUGGCGAACGGCAAGAGAUGAAAAUCGUGUGUUCGAUGCUGAAGCACAGCGGGGACAACUGGGUGAUGCUAUUGACGCACUUCACCACCGGAUGCCAGAGCGGCUUCGCCUGCAUGACGUUCUAUCGACGGGACGCCGACGUGAUCGAGGUGCAGACGGGUGCUCACACCAAACGAUCGGAGGAUGCCUGCUCGUCGAAUUACUUCAAUCGAACGACGCUACCGUACAUCACGCUCGUCACGAAUAGCCCCGAGCCACGCAAAUGUCCGUACAUGGGCAAGUUCAAUGUGAAUAAUAUAAUUCGCAACGAGCGGCCGCAGCGCUCGCUGAAAAUCGCACACCGGCCGAAUUUAUACUAUCAGGACGACGAUGAUGACGACAAUGAGGAGGAGGAUGAAGAGGAGCAGCUGCGACGUUUGGAAUCGAUGCGGUUCGAUGUUUCAGCGCGACGUAUCAAACGCGUGAACAAACGUGAGCAGCCCGAUGUCGGCGAUUGUGAUAAUCCCAGUUUCUCGCAACUCAUCAUCGGAUGUAAUUCGGUCGACACGAUGGAGUUCCGUGCUGAUUGCGUAUCCUCUGAUUAUAUAUCAACGUAUUCGUGUCACGGCCGAUGGGAGGAAAACGGCACAAGUUAUCUAAUAACAACCCCGCUCAGCCGGGCGUCGCACAGCGCCCGCACCUACUGCUUCAUCUACAAGGAAGCAAGAGGCACCGAUGUGGUGAUGUUCUCCACCUCUAACGACAGUUGCGAUCGCCGUGUGCGGCCGGGAAUAACCGGCGAGCUCGUCUUCAAUGUUUCCUCUAUAGGUAAAUGUCUGGAAGCAAUCUCCCAUAGCAAUAAGUCAUCAUUCAGCGUUUCACUUAUCCUCGUUCUAUCGUCUUUAUUAAUUCUGCAUAAAUUACUAACAUGUCGGUGGUGCGCAAUCACCACCCCGAGAUGAUCAUAAUCUGGAACAUUAUCAGCAGCACUGUGAGGAUAAAUGUCGAAUUGGAACGUGAAGUGACGUGACUAAAACCGAAACGAAGCAAUCAGGUUGUACUUGUUAUUAAUCGAGAAAUAAAAAUAUGUAAUAUUGAUACACACAAAUUUUAAGUAAACAAAAAGCAUUAUGAUACAUGAUUAAUACAAGCAGCAGUGAUUCAUUAGUUAUAUAUUAUCAGUACACGUAUUUUAUUACAAAUAACAAUUUUAAAUCCACACAUAAGAAAUAUAAGAAUGGUGGAAGAAGAUAAGAGGUGAGAAGGGGAUAGUGGUGAAGGUAGUUUGAUAUUGGCAAUGUGCAAACAAGGUUGUGCGUUUGUGCAUCAUGAAAACGUGGAGUGUAAAGUAAUAUCUCUCUUUAAUAAGUCGUUAAGUCAGAAAUCUGUGAUUAACUCUUUGAUAAUCUUAAUUGUCCACUGCAAACUAAACAUAAAUCACACUCACUAUUUGAAUUAACAAAACUUAGCAUCUCUAACCUUAAACUACAUUAAAUCGUCAAUCAACAUCUUGAUAAAUAAACAUAGAAUACUAGUAUCUAUCAAUAUAACUUAUCUAGUGCAGAAAAAUUGAUUAUAGUCGUCGAAGAAAAGAGAAAUUGAACGGGUUCACAUUGGAAAUGAAAAGUAAUGGUUAUUUUACAUAUCAGUAAUGGGCAAUAAUUAAAAAUUAGUCAAAAAGAUGAUUUAGAGUGCUUAGAAGUGAAUAAAUUCGUUGCUAGAGACGACUAUGAUCAUGAUUCUAGGCAUUUUCUUAAUACAAAUGAACAUUCAGUUAGUUGCACACAAGUUUCAUAACAAGUCUAAGUGGGUUACUACGAUUGAAUGUAGAUGGCGCUAGCUGUAUGGUUUUGAGGAACGAACAUUAUCUGCUUAGCACAUGGCUCAAACUGUGAUUUUUCAACUUGUCCCAAGCGUAAGAUCAGUUAUUGGGUAUGUACAAUUAAAAACCUAUAUAUUAACUAAAUCAGUCUUUUCUAAUGAACUUGAUACAUCUUAAACAAUACAAAUAAACAUGUAGCGAACAUAGACAUUAUUUAUAAAACGAAUAUUAAUCAGUUUCAAGCAAGUACCUAAUAGCAAUUUACACUAACCUCAAUCGAAUCACUUAUAGGACAGUUAAUUGAUUACUACUACACUAUUCUCAAUUGUUUUUAAAUUGUUUUUAAAAAAAAAUACUGGUGAUAUUUACUAGAUAGUGUACGAAAGCAAUACAUUUUCAAAACUACCUUUAUUAUUUCCGUAAUAAAUCUUUAGUUUUUGAAUGAACAUAACGUUUGCAUUUACGACAAUAGAAUACAUUCACUUUUCAUAUUUCAAAUCCGAUGAAAACAACAGUUUCGGUUUGUUCGUAGCGAAUUUCUUCACAAAGAAAUGAAUAAAAUAUCGUAAGCAAUAAAACAAAUUAAAGAGAGGAUAUUUCAAACAUUAAAGUAAAUUAGCGUUAAGGAUUUUUGUAAAAAUUAGUUUAAAGACACUGCAAACUGAGAAGAGAAAAUCUGACUUUGAUAUUGUGGAAUUUCUAAAUGAAGCCGAGAAAUUUAUGAAGAGUUGUGUAAAGAUAUUAUUGAUAUGUCACUUGUAGUAUUUAAAAAUGAUUUUAGUCACUAGUUGAUAUUAAGAUAUCACUACCAUAGACAUAGCUUAGCUAUAAUAAACUAGAAACUAAUGAAGUAAGCAUUGAAUAUCAACUUAUUUGUGAAUUACCAACACUGUAAUUGUAUUUGUACAUAGGUAUAUUAAAAUCACCUUAGGUUAUUUGUCUUCCCCGAGAAAAACACAUAGAAAAUUUAAGUCUGCCGCUACAAAAAUUCAGUUUCGACGCAUUCGAAAACAGUGUUUGUAAAUGUUGAUAAGAGCAGUAUACUUUGAUUUUGAUUUGUGCUGCGAUUGUUAUUGUUUUUGGAGAUACUUUGUUAUAAAUUACUUGAUAUUUUAUUAGUGGGGUAUGUUGACUAGUGAGUUGUGCACAAUGAAAAAGGAAAAGUACAAAUAAAGUGCAAUGUUUGAAAUAAAAUCGGUUCAACGUUCUUAUUGACAUUUACAAGACAAGUAAUAAUAUGAUACAAUAGCUAACAAAACGCAUAACGUAUUGCCAUGCAAUGUAAAAUAACAUAAAAUUACAAGUAAUCUGCGAAUUGCAAUCAUGACAUUGUAAAUUUAACCUCACAGGAAAAAUAUUAUCAAAACAAUAACAUCAAAUGUUCAUUUGAAACACUCUCAUUCAUCAACUAUGUAUACCCAUGGUAUAUUUAUGGGAAAGUAUAACAUGAAAUCAUAAUUGGCAAGAAUAAAAAUAAUGUAGAUACUAAAAAUUGUAAUGAUGGUUGUGACCAUUUCGUUUCGAGCGAUAAUACGUAUAUUUUACUGUUACCCGGUAGGCAAGACUUAUCUAAAAAAGCAAUAAUUUCACACACACUGCACGUACGCAACCUAAAACGACCGUUUGGAGUCAAAGAAGUAUAAAAACGUAAGACAUACGCAUGCAUAACACUCGGUACGUACAUAUUAUGAACAUUUUAUAGAAUAUUUAAUAUUUAAACGAAUAAGCGAAUUUGAAUGUAGAUAUUUUAGUAUUUAAUUGUGUACUGAGACGCUACAAAUGCUCUUCAUGUAGUCGACUCAAAAAGGAAAGGAUUUACAUACAUUGUAUGCAACUUAAAACUUGUAAAAUUUGUUUUCGAACGGAACGAAAAUGACGAAAAGGACAUUUUUACAGAUGAAAUGAUGAAAAAAAGAUGGCAUUUUAAUGUUAUCAUCUAGCAUAAUAAGAAAAUAACAAGUUACGAUUACAGUUAAAGUAAAAAUUACUUAAAUUACGGAUAACAAAUUAGAAUGAAUGAAAGUUCGGUGCCUUGGAUGUUUUGUUUAUUAAUAUGUAAAGUAAUGAUUAAAGAUUGAUUGAUAUAAACUAAAUAAAGAUAGCGUGGACAUGAAGAUGGCGGAUAUGAUGGAAAUAUCACUGGGUCUGAGAUAAACUGUAUGAUAAAUAUUAAUGAAACAGAUACAAUGUUCGUAUUAUGUAUUCAUACUUAAACUUAGAACAAAUACGUAAGGUUACAAUCGGAGUGAAGAAAAUUGUGAAGAAUAUGCGAAGAGAAUCACGGACAACAGAUUGAGAAACAUAAAUUUGAUGAAUUAAUAAAUAAUAAAACGAAAUGUUGUAAUAUCUGUACAUUUAAACAAGAUGAUAAUAAAAACAUCAACUAAAAGACA